AUGUGCUUCCUGGAGGUCUUCGCAGUGAUCCCAGAGGGAUGCUUGGCUGAGCCCAAGCAUACCCAUCUGGCGACCGAUGGCUACCCGUGCCUCGAGACCUUUUAUCUCCAGAUAGCCAAGCAUGCCGAGGCAGGUGGCACUCCACAAGGCCUGACCCUCACCCUCUGCGAAUACAAAGACUGGGUGAAAAUCGACUGCUUCCACCGCGAGUUGGAAGUCCGGGCUCUCCAAUUUGAGAACCCCUACUGCCCCAUCUGCUCGGGUGAAAAGACUCUCGCCCAGGCCAUGACCCCAGCGGAAAAUGAGAGCACCAACUUCGCCGUCCUCCUAGAUGGCAGCAAACUCAAUAACCUCGACAAUCCCAUCACCCUACCGACCUAUGCCGAGAAGCGAGACUGGUUCACCCGGAAGAAAACCAGCUUCGACCCCAUCCAUGUCAAGACCAAAGUGGGGGACAAGUUGCUCUUCCUUCUGCCCAACAAUAAGCGCGGUCGCUACACUGACCCGGAUGAUGAUGCAAAGUUUAAGACUAAUCUGAAGAUUCUUCUGAAACUUUGUUACAUGGAGGAUGAGGAGUUUGAGGCCCCUCCGGAUAUGGACCUUGCCUGGCUGGAGUCUACGCUUGGCGGAGACUGA